AUGGUUGGACUUCAACGUGUGCUUGCCAUGCCCAAAUGCUUCGAGGACACGGACCCAUACUACUACAGGGAGCGCCUCACCAUGCCCAAGCUGCUCGUCAGUGCCGCCAACGAUGAAGUGCUGGCUCUGGAUGACACGUACAUCUGGCGGAACGACAUGCCCGAGCCAAAGCUGCUCUCCCCAACCGGCCCUUCUCCCCAACCUGCCGUUCUCCCCAACCUGCCUUUCUCCCCAACCUGCCAUUCUCCCCAACCUAUCAUUCUCCCCAACCUGCCAUUCUCCCCAACCUGUCAUUCUCCCCAACCUGUCAUUCUCCCCAACCUGCCAUUCUUCCCAACCUGGCAUUCUCCCCAACCUGUCAUUCUCCCCAACCUGCCAUUCUCCCCAACCUGCCAUUCUCCCCAACCUGCCAUUCUCCCCAACCUGCCAUUCUCUCCAACCUGCCAUUCUCCCCAACCUGCCAUUCUCCCCAACCUGCCAUUCUCCCCAACCUGCCAUUCUCCCCAACCUGCCAUUCUCCCCAACCUGCCAUUCUCCCCAACCUGCCAUUCUCCCCAACCUGCCAUUCUCCCCAACCUGCCAUUCUCCCCAACCUGCCCAUUCUCCCCUGCCGCCUUUGUUCCCCCCACUCUCCCACCUCCUCCAUCCCUCCCCGGCAGGUGCGAUUUCAUGUAUGCAAGCUUGAUUGCCAACAUCACACUUCCCCCAUACUCCCCCAUGCCCUCUUUCCCGAAACCCUCAGCGCCCCCCUCUCCACCCCCCCUCUCCACCCCCCCUCUCCACCCCCCCUCUCCACCCUCCCUCUCCACCCCCCCUCUCCACCCCCCCUCUCCACCCCCCCUCUCCAUCCCCCCUCUCCACCCCCCCUCUCCACCCCCCCUCUCCACCCCCCCUCUCCACCCCCCCUCUCCAACCCCCCUCUCCAACCCCCCUCUUCAAACCACACUCCAGGCCAACCAAGCAACCCUUUCCUUCCUCGCCUCUCUCCUGCAUGUCAACUCCUCCUGCGCCUCGCUCCCCGCCUCCUCCCGCCCCUCCCUCACCUGGACGCGCCCCUCCAACGCCCCCCCUUCUCCCCGCCGCCGCAAGCGCUUCGACAAAACAGAGGGCACGGGGCUGUUUGCCCGGGAGGAAAGGGAAACGGCCGAAAGGGAGACGGCAGAGGCUCAGACAGGAGAAGGGGGGGUGGGAGGGUCAGAAGGUGACGCGCGGACCAAUCAGGAGCAGCCACCGCAUCCGUGGGGCUGCAUACCGGAGCUGCCAGCUGUCAACUGGCCUAAGCUGAGGUGGCGGUUUGAUUGGUCCACGUUCACCAUUCAUGCCACGUCAGACAGUAAGCCGCUCGUGGUUAGAGCAUGGACUGGCCGCACAGCCAGCGAGCGCCGAGACUUCCGCUUCGUGCUGCAGCGAGGCUCCAAGGGAUGCACGGCGCCCAUGCCAACGGUGCCAGGCACGUAUGCAGGCAAGUUCGACCUGUGUGUGCAGGCCACGCCAUUCUUCCUGCACACCGUCUUGCCGCCCAAGCACCACUCUGAGGAUGGCUUGUGGCACUUCAGCUCCACCAUCAGCGGCGUUCCCAAGUUGAGCCUGCUGGAGUUUAUACCGUAA